AAAUCUCAAUUAAAAUUAGUUUCAACUUAAAAAUAGCAGAAUUACAUUACAACAAGCAGGGCACUCAUGAAAGUCCUGGAUGUCUAGUUUAGUUGGACAGGAGGUUUUGAUCGUGAGGUGGUAGAGGUUCAUUGAAAACUGUCUUAAAACUAAACACUCAAUAGAAAAUAGCCAUUCACCCUAUUUGGUUAACUAAUCGAUUAUUUGAAUCACAAACCUUGUUGUAAAGCUCCACUGUUCAUUCUCCAAUAUAGCAUUGAGAGAAAACGCUCAAAAAAUCUCUAUCUACCACAGUGCCACAGUGCUGAAAUUGCUGUAUUCUAUCAAAGUCUAUUUAGGGAAGUUUGCAAAUGCUUCCAGACAGUUAUUUUAAUCAUGCAUUAUAAUAACAUUUAUUUGCAGUCAUUUCAGCUGCUCUGUUAUGUGCAUAGUUGAAAGUGCCUCACACGACUCUAUACAGAUCCUCUUCCCCAAAGAAUCAUCAGUCUUUAUUGAUUGAUGAUUGGUUCUUUAAACUGAAAUGCAUCGUCCCAUAUUUAUAAUAAUGUGAGUGCUUAGUCUUGUUUUAUCUAAGACAUUUGAUUCUAUCGAGUGUUUACUUUUCAGUUGCCAUUUUAAAUUGCAUUACAUAUUCUAGGGGUGCACCGAUAAAUGCUGAUAUACACUCACCUAAAGGAUUAUUAGGAACAUCAUACUAAUACAGUGUUUGACCCCCUUUCGUCUUCAGAACUGCCUUAAUUCUACGUGGCAUUGAUUCAAUAAGGUGCUGAAAUCCUUCUUUAGAAAAGUUGGCCCAUAUUGAUUGGACAGCAUCUUGCAGUUGAUGGAGAUUUGUGGGAUGCACAUCCAGGGCACGAAGCUCCCGUUCCACCACAUCCCAAAGAUGCUCUAUUGGGUUGAGAUAUUGUGACUGUGGGGUCAUUUUAGUACAGUGAACUCAUUGUCAUGUUCAAGAAACCAAUUUAAAAUGAUUCAAGCUUUGUGACAUGGUGCAUUAUCCUGCUGGAAGUAGCCAUCAGAUGAUGGGUACAUGGUGGUCAUAAAGGGAUGGACAUGGUCAGAAACAAUGCUCAGGUAGGCCGUGGCAUUUAAACGAUGCCCAAUGGACAAUAAGGGGCCUAAAGUGUGCCAAGAAAACAUCCCCCACACCAUUACACCACCAGCAGCAGCCUGCACAGUGGUAACAAGGCAUGAUGGAUCCAUGUUCUCAUUCUGUUUACGCCGAAUUCUGACUCUACCAUCUGAAUGUCUCAACAGAAAUCAAGACUCAUCAAACCAGGCAACAUUUUUCUAGUUUUCAACUGUCCAAUUUUUGUGAAAUUGUAGCCUUUUUUUCCUAUUUGUAGUUCAGAUAAGUGGUACCCGGUGGGGUCUUCUGCUGUUGUAGCCCAUCCGCCUCAAGGUUGUGUGUGUUGUGGCUUCACAAAUGCUUUGCUGCAUACCUCAGUUGUAACGAGUGGUUAUUUCAGUCAAAGUAGCAACUGAAAGUCGGCCCAUUCUCCUCUGAACUCUAGCAUCAACAAGGCAUUUUUGCCCACAGCACUGCCACACACUGGAUGUUUUUCCCUUUUCACACCAUUCUUUGUAAACCCUAAAAAUGGUUGUGCAUGAAAAUCCCAGUGACUGAGCAAAUUGAAAAGGUGUUCCUAAUAAUCCUUUAGGAGAGUGUACACUAAUAAUACGUUUUCGAUAACUAUUAUGAAUCGCACAGCCGAUAUAAUACACAGCUAUUUCAUGUACUACGGCUUUUGAUAAGUUAGUCCUUAUCGAUCUGAAAUCACUGUUUGUCAAACAUAAUCGUUAUACGUAUUCUUUAUUAUCAUGAAAAUACCGAAAAAGGUUUAAAGAACAGAAAUACAAAUAUAUCCUUAAGCCAUUUCCAGGAGCUGCUUGUCAUAGCUUUGUGUGUAUGAUUUUUCGUCUGCAGCGCAUAUUGAGUUUCUGCACGAGAGCGCCCUCUGGAUUUUGGAUGUAGCAGCAUUUCACCGUAAUUCAUUGAGAAGCAUAGCAAGCAUCAUCGGCCGAUAUAUCGGUGCACCCAUAUCAUAUUCCAGCCAUUCUUUGUUUACAGCUCUAACGUGACAGCUGAUGUAAAUCAAGGAUUUGGGUUAAUCACAAUAGAUUUCAUGAAAAAGCUGAUUAAUGCUUUGAUAGCGGGACAGCCAUAAUUAUUUAGACUAAACAGCCAUUUCAAACAAGUGUUCUGCGAACAGCUAAAUGGAUAAACUAAAAUAGAGUAAAAUGUAUUUAAAAAUAAUGGGCGUUUUCCAAUUUAUGAAUGCAGAUUGACGACAGAACAAUCGAUUUUAGUCAUUUAUAUAUGCAUCAAUAUAGCAGUACUUGUUUAAAACAUUUAAACGCAUGAUUUUAAUUAACAUAUUUGAGUGAAGAUGCAAAUUACCAUGUCAUGAAGAAAAUAAACCAGUUUGGAUCAACAUGAGUGUAAAUAAAUAUUUUUUUGUGUGUGUGUUCUGUGCCUUUAAUUUAGAUUCAAGUCAGGGACACUAUUAAAUAAAAAAAACAAUUAAGAAGAAACUAUUAAAUAUUAAAUAUCAUUCUUACAAGUUAUAGAAUGAGGAGUGGGUGAUAUUUACAAUGUUGGUUAAAAUUGGUUAAUUUGAUAUCGCCAACAAAAUAAUAUAAUACGUGUAAUUAAAUGUAUAUCGCCCAGCCCUUAUUCAGGGCAUUACUAAUGGCAAAUGUUUGCAAGGUUAAUGCUACACUACUUCCUGUUUUGGCAGGAAGCUGAGGGAUCUUUAAGCGAGGCUGCCCAGACUAGUUUCAGUGUUUUUGCAGCAAUAAAUUUGAGGUAAAACAACCAACCAAUGCCGAAUUCAAGCUAUCGCACAAGCACGAAACUGGAACAGGAGUUCCCUCUGAAUCAGGGAGAGUCUGCAUAUAAAAUGGUCUGCAGUUCUCUGCUUCGUAGGUCAGAAGCUUGUUUAUUCUGUCUCCAUGGCUACGUUCAGUCCCAACCAAAUCGCCCAAUUGGCAUGCAUUAGAGGACACCUCUGAAUUCCCAUUGGCUGAUAUUAUUUGUCUACGAGAGGCUGUUUUAAAUAGAUCAGCACUGGGUUUAUCAGCUUAUACCAAACCAAAUCGCCCAAUUGGCAUGCAUUAGUCGACACCUGAAUUAUCAUUUGCCAGUGUUAUUUGUUUGUGAAAAGCUGCUUUGAAUAGAUCAGCACUGGGUUAUGCAGCAGCGACUCUAAAUGCUCUGUAUACCCCACGCAUGUUUGUUAAGCAGUUUAUAAGCUAUAGGACCUUCAGGCCAUUGAUUGUAUAUUUACAAAAUAAUCGUAAAAGCUUCAAACACAAAUUCUUUAUAUAUCUUAGAGUAAGGAAUAUUAAUAUUAACCAAGGACAAACUGGAGUUUCACUGCUUGAUCGGGACUGCUAGCCAGACUUGCAUGGACUGUUUUUUGACGUUCUGUACUAUGCACACUACAGAUGCUGCCGCCACUUGCACCGCCGCCUCCUCUGGAGGCCUCAGCAGUACAGUUCCUUCCUGUCCAAGCAUGCUCUCUGCUACCUUAACCCAAGAGCAGACCUCCAGGCCCCACAGUGGUCCUGCCUCAGAAGGAAUGGGAGUGGAGCCUGGUUCAGCGGUGAACAUCAGUGGGGUAGCUGUGGGUGAUGCCGUUGGAACCACACAGAGCCAGGCGACCCCAUCGAAGCGCCGGACCGUCCUGAGCAUUUCACCGCCUCCGGAAGAUUUGCUGGAUGACAGUCGCAUGUCCUGCCAGGAUGAGCCGCUUCCAAACCUGGACUCGGAGCAGAGCAGCAGCAUCUGGAUGGAUGACUCUGUCUCGAACUUUAGUAUAGCCAGCAGCACUUCAUACAACGACAACACUGAAGUACCCCGAAAAUCUCGAAAGAGAACUCCCCGUCAGCGCCCUGGACCGAAACCUGCCGCCCGAGAUGAAGCUGGCAUGGAUGUGUUUGAUGCAGACAGUGCAAAAGCACCACACUUUGUUCUUUCACAACUGGGUUCAGAUGCCAAAGUCACACCCAAAGUGAGCUCCUUGGAAGUGUCAAACAAUCAAAAGGGUGGUGUCCUUUCCAUUCAAUAUCCACAGAAGAGUGAAGGGAAGGAGCUGAAGAUUUUGGUUCAGCCAGAGACUCAGCACAGGGCACGAUACCUCACCGAAGGCAGUAGAGGGUCCGUCAAAGACCGUACGCAGCAAGGUUUCCCAACGGUCAAAUUAGAGGGAGUCAGUGAACCAGUGGUGCUCCAAGUAUUUGUGGCUAAUGAUGCUGGACGAGUGAAGCCUCAUGGGUUUUAUCAAGCCUGCAGAGUGACCGGACGCAACACAACAGCCUGUAUGGAGGUGGAUAUUGAAGGGACCACAGUCAUUGAAGUAAACCUUGAGCCGACCAACACUAUGACUCUUGCCGUGGACUGUGUUGGAAUCUUAAAGCUAAGAAAUGCUGAUGUUGAAGCUCGAAUAGGUGUUGCCGGCUCAAAAAAGAAGAGCACUCGCGCUCGUUUGGCCUUUAGAGUCAAUAUCCCAAGACCUGAUGGAUCUGUCCUAACCCUUCAAACGCUCUCCUCACCCAUUCUAUGUACUCAGCCUGCCGGAGUGCCUGAAAUCCUUAAGAAGAGUCUUCACAGUUGCUCCGUUGCAGGAGGAGAGGAGGUCUUUAUUAUUGGCAAGAACUUUCUCAAAGGAACCCAAGUGAUUUUUCAGGAAAAUUCUGCAGAUGAGAACGGUUGGCAGGCUGAAGCAGAGAUUGACAUGGAACUUUUUCAUCAGAAUCAUCUAGUAGUGAAAGUUCCUCCAUAUCAUGACCAAACAGUGACCUUUCCAGUGUCUGUUGGGAUUGCUGUCGUGACAAAUGCUGGGAGAACAAAUGAUAUUCAAGCUUUUACUUACACACCUUUAACAGAGAACACUGAUGUUCCAGUAAAGUCAGAAUUAUCAGCCACAGUCAAGGCUUGCACUUUUGAAGAGCAGAUAAAAGCAAUGCAAACCGAGACCAGUUGUCUUAACAAUGUACUAAUGUUGCCUAUCGUCAAACGAGAGGAACCUAUGGAAGUCUCUUGCAAUGCAACACCUUCAGACAUUUUCAAGCCUGCAGAGAACAUUAGUUCCCCCCAACAAAUUUUGGAGAUAAGUACUGUCCUUCCUUCUGCCAGUAAGUCUUUUCCAAGCCCUGUGCCUCUCCAACCAGUUGAAUCACAACAACCACCGGCUCAAAUUUUUACCACUCAAGAGACCCUGUCCACCAUUCAGAAGCAGGACAUUUCUUCACCUGCACCGUUCCAAGUGUCCUUGUCAGAAGACACAACAGUUCUUCAGCCUGUUCCCCCUCAGGUACCUCAACAGUUUCUAAGGGAAACACCAGAGACUUUGUCUCCAGAAGAAAACAGUGCUGAUGGAAGUGUAAUGGUAUUGGUUGGCAUGGAGUCUAGGUCUCCACCAUCACAGCGACAACAGGUUCAAACACUUUUGCCUCAGGAUGGCGUUACACAGCUGGAGAGAGCAGUGAGAGAACUACAAGCACAACAGCAGUUAAAUUCUGUGCUUUACAGCCCAGCUCCAUCUGCGGAGAGCCUUCAGCAACAUGUCCAGGAAAAUAUGAACAGUUUAAGGCUGGGUGGAAAUGAGAGUAACCUGACCAACCAACAACAGCAGCAACAAGAGCAGAAUAUUUUGGAGAACCUGCAACAACAGCAACAGAAGGCACUUGUGGACCUACAACAUCAACAAACCGUCCUUGAAAAUUUGCAACAGCAUCAGAAAGUAUUGGAAAAUCUCCAGCAACAUGCUCUUGGCAACGUGCAGCAGCAGCAGCAAACACAAAAGGUUUUGGAGAAUUUGCAGCAUCAACAACAUCACCACCAGACUGUUCUUGAGAACAUUCAUCAACAAAGUUCAAUAGUGACUCUGCAGCAUCAAAAAGUUCUAGAUAAUAUCCAACAACAGCAACAGCACCAGAAAAAUUUAGAAAAUCUUCAGCAUCAGGAAGUGUUAGAGAGCCUAAAGCAGCAACUCCAGUCAGAGCUCUUGCAGACACAGGUUCCCAUGCAAUGUGCACCCAGCUUCUCUAACGAUCAGCAAAGCUCCAUGCAGACAAGCAAUCUGUCGCAGUCCUCAGAAGGCUUUCUUCAGAACCCAUCCCAGCAGCAGGCUGCAAUUUUCCAACAGACAGGAGGUCUUAUGACCAUUCAGACAUCCAGCUUUUUGCAGCAGCCAUCUUCCCAGCCUUCACCCCCACAGCAGCUUUUUCAGAGCCCCUUGACUGAAACCCAAGACUCACAGACAGUGCUCUUUGGAACCACAAAGUCACCACAGGUCCAGGCAACCUUAUUUUCUGGUACCAUGACAAUGCUUACAGGCACCAAUCUAUCCUCUGAGCAGCAGGCUUCCCCUACAAGUCUAUUUAUUGCACAAAGUGUGUUGCCCAGCCAACUACCAUCGGAUAAUAACCAGAGCCAGCAGCCACAACAGAUAACUUUCCUCACACCCAUGCAGACCACUGGAACCACAGCCCAGACUGUCUCACUUUUUCAAGGACAACCCCAGUUGUCAACUCCAAUGGAACAACAGUCUCCCCAGCAACAACAGAUGGCAACACCCCAACAAACUUCGCUUUUCCCAAAUAUUGCCACAAUGUCCCCAAAUCAAGCACAACAGCAAACACAGACUGGAAUAUUGUUUUGUACAACAGCCCUGAACCCCCAUGACCUGCCCCAGGGCCUCAUAUUCAGUAGUCAGAACCAAGGGCCAGUAGUUAGUGACCGUCUCCCAGAUAAUAUCUUUCAGGAGCAACAACCCAUGCAAGUUGUCCCUAGCUCAGAAAAUCUUACUGUGAACAACUCCUCAAACCAACCCACUGCAUCCGCAGCCCAGCCUCAAAAUCCAACAAUUAUUUUCCCACCAUCUGCUGUGGUAAGCGUAACCCAACAAGACUCUUUAGAGCCCAUGUCUUUUCAAGAUCAGAGCUCUGUGAGUGAUUCAUCUGUCAGUAUGCCUUCAAUGCAGACAGAACUGUUUCAGGACCAACAACCUAUGCAGGUUGUUCCCAGUGCCACCAGCGUAACACCCGUCUCCCCUACGGACCAACCUUCCGUCAACAUUUUUUUGCCUCAGUCAGCCAUUUCAGCCCUACAAGGUGGAGUAGGUGCUCAGGAGUUGCCUCCAACUGGCACGGCAGCCACCAUGUUUAGUGGACAGAGUGGCGUGUCAGUGGGCAGUCUCCAGAACACCACACCGACUGCCACUCAGCAACCUCCUGACCAACUCUUUCAGACAACAAUUGGGGGAACUCUCAGCCAGCCUGGACAACCAGGACAAGCAGGCCUGUUUCUCUUUGAGAUUCCCAGUGAAUGUGGUCAGCUAAUAAAUUCUCCUGGUCCGGCAUUGUCAGAACAGCUUGUCACCAUGGGGCAUCCUGGUUUGGAUCAGAAUCAGAGCCAACUUCAGACCAGUGCACAGAUUCAAACCUUAUUGGACCAGUCCAACAACCUCGACGAUAAGAUAGAUGAACUGUUGGAACAUUUUCAGGAGCAAGAAAAGACUCUCCCUCGGGAUUUUUUGGACCACUGAAGAUAAGUAGUUUGAAACCUCUCUCCAGUAGUCUACCGUCCACACUGCUUGUCAAUGUUUCUUUGCGUAUUUAUAGUCUAAACUUACACUUGUUCAAAUGGGGGUCUUCCCUUGUAUAUGUUUUGUGGUGUUGGAUCUCAUCACAGCGUCUUUUCUUGAUGGACAUUUAAGGGUCCAAUUUAUUCAGGCCAAUGUUUGGCAUUUUAACAUAUCAUGUGACCCAUUCAGUCAUUAAGUAUAUUGGCACUUUGCUACUUUGUAUUGUGUUCUUGACUUCCACUUGAAUCUUAUCCAUUUACUAACACCAUUAAUCUGUAUUCUGAAAAUCAACUUCGACUCCAAAACUCUCUGUUUGCCAUUAAGAUAACUCAUACAUUGUGAAUGAAUCUGAAACAUUUUAGCACUUUAGGGAGUUUCUACUCUCUUUUAGCUUUGUAACUCAUAUGUGUCUACUUGGUUGUCAAAGCUGUUUAUGUUUUACUAGUCAUAAUGCUUUUCUUAAAAUUUGUUUUGUUUCAUUUACUCUUCAUUGUCUGUUAGGAGAGUAUAGCUUAUUUUAUGAGCCAUGUUUUUGAUUAUUUGCAUACAUGGCCUGCAAAUCUCACAUUGUAACAAUGCCCAGUGUACACUCCUCGCCUAAUGUUUUAUUUCAUCUUAUUUAAAUGAACAAGAGGUCCAACUUUUAAACAUGAAUUUCUACCAGGGUUGUGUAAGUGUGCAAGAUUAAUAUAUGUGAACAUGAAAUUGUUUUAUGACCUUAUACACUAUCUAUGAUUCGUUUUUUGCGUGCUCAGCAGAAGGAAAUGGAGCACAUGUUUGUACUAUAUAAGAUGCAGCUACAUUUUUGAUUUUGGAUCAUGUAUGAUUUAUGGAGAUUAUUUAAAUAAGCACAAACAUGGGAAUGUCAUUUGUUAUGGUGGUUUUCCCAUCAGUACUUUAAUGGUUAGGUCACUCCCCCUCAAAAAAAAAUACGGUCAUCAUUUACUCACAUUCAUGUCGUUCCAAUCCCAUGUGAUUUAUUAUUCUCUAUGGAACACAAAAUAAGUGGUAAGGUAAAGAUCAAUGUGAAAAAUAAUGAUGGUAAGUAAAGAUGAUGGUUUAAUAUUUUCCUAUUAAAAAGUAAAUAUUCCUUUGUAGUAGUUUUUGGGCAACUUAAAAUAACAGUUACAUAAAUAUUUCCCUAAAGGGUUAUGUAGGGAUUAUUUGUUUAUACCACAAAGUUACAAUAGAUCCCAUCUGUGUUCAUAAAGAAGAAACAACCCUUGUUACUAGCCUUUCAUUGGACAAGCAAAUUUUGCCAUUUUACAGACCUACAGAAAUCACAAUACACACAAUAAAAUUUGCUAUCUCUGCCUAUGUUGUUUAACUAUUUGGAUAAAAAGGCUAAAUCCAGCCAAUUUUGAAGAUGAAGCUUUAUAAACAUCAAUGCAGGACAAUCUCGAGUUUCAAAAAUGAAAUUUGGGCAGAUUCACCAAUAUUAUUUGUUAUGUGUCCUAACUGGAAAAUUUCUCUAAAUGUAGUGUAAAAAAAGGGGUAGUGUACUCUGCUAAAUGAAAUCAUACAGGGUUUAAUAUCUCACAUUGACAGAAUAUGUUGUUUACAUUGCAUUGAUUUCAAUGGUUAAUCCUAAUGUUUAUUAUGAUGACAUUUUAGGCCAUGGUGAUUUAUCUUUUUUUAAUACAUUUUCUAAAGUCAAUGUCAACUUUCCUAAAAAGACCUUUUUGUGGUAGAAAACUGCGAUAUAUUAAAUCACAUGUAUUUCACAAUUUAAUCCUUCAUAAACACAUGCAGUGUUUUUAAUACAUUUUUAGGACUUUACAUCAGUAUACUCAUUUUAAAAAGCAGCUUUUGCAUUAACAAUAGUAUCAUGCAAAUAUAAAGUGAGAAGUUGUAUUUAAUGUCUUCAUAAACAUUGUAACAUAUGUCAGUUGUUUUUACAUCAUACCCUUUCUUGCCUUUAUAUUAUUAUUAUUAUUAUUAUUUUAUAGUAUAUGCUUGAUGUAAAAUCGGCAUAAAAAUUGUAAAUAGUAAACCGGUCGUUUUAAGUGUGCUGUUCCUUUGUGAGGUAGCAGUUUGUUAAAUGCGUGCUCUCUUUGUAGUAAAACAUAAUUUCUCACCUGCAAGUGAGGCGUACGUACAGUAUUUUUGUAAGCCUGAAUUUCAAAAUGGAAAUGUACUGUGUACAUUUUAAACAUUUUAAAAGUCAACUUUGUCCCUUCUGCAGUACUGUACAUCAUGUGUCAGUAUCCAGAACCGUGAAAAUGAUGGUUUUUGUUCCCAUCACUGUGUUACAAAAUGGUAAUUGAUGUAUUUGGUUGGUGAAAUUCCAAUAUUGUCAAUUUCUACAUUAUAAAAACGAGUGGCUAUG